GGUUACAUGAUGCCGUAUUUUACCUUUUUCAUGUAAAGUAUAAAGGAUUUAUACCCCAGUCUAGUUGGUGGCGGUAAUGCAACAUUUAUUGGAUGCCAACCGCCGUUAAAUCUCAUCGAAGAAGAAGAAGACGAAGAACGCUAAGCAGAAUCAGAGAGGUUUCAACCAACAUUUAUUUGAUAAAGCGAAAAGCUACUUUCAUAACCAUUGCUAAUAUGUCAAAACUACAGAUGUUGAAUGUGUUUGUCACCGAGCGUUUGUCGGCGGCUGCUGUGGAGAUAUUCGGAGCCGUGGAGAAGACGGUUGCAGAGUAUCAGGAAGAAAUCUGCCGUUCAGCGGAGGAGAACGAGCGUUUACGCAGGCUGUUGGAUUUGGUUAGCAAACCAGAGAUAAAGUUACACAGAGCAGACUUCCAGGUACUGCCUCCUGCCGUUCACCCUGAGCAGCAGAACUGUAAGCAGGAGUGGAGCCCCAGUCUGGGGCAGGAGGACCCAGAACCCACACAGAUUAAAGAGGAACAACAGGAGCACAGACUCAGUCAGGAGGACCCACCUCAGCACUCACAUCUUUACCAAAACCAAACUGUGGAUGAUGGAGAGAGGGGUAUUCUACCUAUCAUCAUAACUGAAGAGAUCAAAACAGAACCUGAUGGAGAGGGCUACAUAGUACCAGAACCAACCAGUGAUCAGCCCCUUUCAGUUCAUCCAGACUACUCUGCUGCAGUGGAGAAACCAUAUCGGUGUCAACAAUGUGACAAAAGCUUCACACGUAAGGGACACUUGACCAUUCAUUCAAAGAUACACACAGGAGAGAAAUCUUAUCUGUGCAAACAAUGUGACAAAAGCUUCAUCCAGAAAGGCGACUUAGACAGACAUACUAGGGUACACACAGGAGAUAAUCCAUACCAGUGCAAACAAUGUGGCAAAAUGUUUAACCAGAAAGGAAGCUUGACCAUCCAUUCAAGGAUACAUACAGGGGAGAAACCUUAUCAGUGCAAAGACUGUGACAAAUCCUUCAACCAGAAGAUGGAAUUGAUAUUGCAUAUGAGAGUUCACACAGGGGAGAGACCAUAUAAUUGUCCUGUAUGCAAGAAAAGUUACAUGGCAUUAAGCUAUUUAAGACUUCAUCAGCGUGUUCACACCGGGGAGAAACCUUACCAGUGCAAAGAAUGUGGAAAAUGCUUUGGUUAUAAAGGAAGCUUGAAGUCUCAUAUGAGCACUCACACAAAAACUUCAGCCUGAAGUGAGAACAACAAAUGAUUACUCGCAUGAAUUUCUUGUUACAUCCAACUUGUAAAUAAUUUGUUAUGUUCUAUUUUCUGGCAUUUGACAACUAAACAAAUGUAGUUAUGUGAGAGGAGUGAUAAAACAUCAGUCAGUAUCAGAUUCGUAAGCUCAUUUUUGCUCUCACUUUUUUUGGAUACCUACUGGCUAGGACAAUGAGGGAAUUUGACAAUGCUGGCCCGGCUGAAAAGUGAUUGCAUCCUUUUUGAAACCAGGCUGCCUCACGGGCAUGAGCCACUCCUCCCUCACCACUUUUGCCUGGUCACAUGACAGGCCAUAGUCCGCGGUUCAGCCUAAUCAAACUCCUGCACUGCUCGCUUCAGGAAGUCGUCACAGCUGUGUCUAACAGAGCACACACUUGGAUUCCUAAACAACAGGAGUUCAUAAUCAAUUGUUUAACAAUGACAUACAGGAUAUUUGGGCCACUAUCUUCUAUCUGUACUUUUGUCUGCAUGUUAGAAUAUUGAAGUAGCCUAUAUAGUCUUUGUUGACUAUAUAAUGCAGCAAAUAUUUUAUAUGUUUCAUUUUUUUUAAAUAAAAAAAAAUGGGGGUGUAGAUCUGCUUUAAUAUUGCAGACAGAUUGUGGUUUUCAAUGUAAUUGUCUGCAUCAUUUCCAAUCCCCCAUAAAUGUUUUUGUGUUUUUUAUAUAUAUAUAUAUAUUUUAAUAUAUUUAAUUUUAAUAUUUUCCUCUAACCCUACCAUCCCUCCCCUAAUUGUAGUAAACUAAUGAACAACAACACUUAGGCUUCUACUUCCAUCUUAUAUAUACACUAUAUACAUUUUACGGACACAGUAUAUUUUACAAUAGUUAUCUUUUGUGUGUUUUUAGUCCCUUCCUUCAGCUACCCUCAACCUCUCCCAUAUAUCUCUGAACACCAUCCAAUGUUGAUUUCUAUUUGCCAUAUGUUUUCCAACUGUGCUGUUUCACAUACGUUCUGAAACUCUACACAUUUUACGGACACUGUUUAUUUUUAGUCCCACCCUUCAACUCCACUCAACCCCUCCCAUCUAUCUCUGAACAUCAUCCAGUUUUGAUUUCUAUUUGCCAGACCAAAGGACAGAUUUCCACCUGUUUAAUGUCCAUUGCUCGUGUUACUUGUUCCAAGCAAGUCUCUUCUUCUUAUUGGAGUCCUUUAGAAGUGGUUUCUUGGCAAAUUCGACCAUGAAGGCCUGAUUCACGCAGUCUCCUCUGAACAGUUGAUGUUGAGAUGUGUCUGUUGCUUGAACUCUGAAGCAUUUAUUUGGGCUGCAAUUUCUGAGGCUGGUAACUAAUGAACUUAUCGUCCGCAGCAGAGUUAACUCUGGGUCUUCCUUUCCUGUGGCGGUCCUCAUGCGAGCCAGUUUCAUCAUAGCGCUUGAUGGUUUUUGCGACUGCACUUGAAACUUUAAAAGUUCUUGACAUUUUCCUCAUUGACUGACCUUCAUUUCUUAAAGUAAUGGACUGUCGUUUCUCUUUGCUUAUUUGAGCUGUUCUUGCCAUAAUAUGGAUUUGGUAUUUUACCAAAUAGGGCUAUCUUCUGUAUACCACCCCCUACCUUGUCACAACACAACUGAUUGUCUCAAACGCAUUAAGAAGGAAGGAAAUUCCACAAAUUAACUAGGCACACCUGUUCAUUGAAAUGCAUUCCAGGUGACUCCCUCAUGAAGCUGGUUGAGAGAAUGCCAAGAUUGUGGAGGGAUGUCAUCAAGGCAAAGGAUGGCUACUUUGAAGAAUCUCAAAUAUAUUUUGAUUUGUUUUACACUUUUUUGGUUACUACAUGAUUCCAUAUGUGUUAUUUCAUAGUUUGUCUUCACUAUUAUUCUACAAUGUAGAAAAUAAUAAAAAGGUGUGUCCAAAUGUUUGACUGGUACUGUAUAUAACUGGUAUAUAUAACAUUCUAUUGGUUGCAAGAAUUUUGUAUAAUUAAAAAUGAAAAACACUG